AUGGCCCCUGCUCCCAUCGACCCGUCGAUUGUCGACGUCGCCGAGCCCCGCAAGGACACGCUCGGCCUGCCCAAGACCGCCGCCGACCGCCUCACCAAGGCCGGCAUCGACCUCUCCAACGGCUACCCCUACCGCCCCUCCCGCCCUCUCUACUUGGACGACGUGUACAAGAUCCGCAGCGAGGACCGGCCCUAUGAGGACGCGGGCGCCCGCGCCGACAAGAGCAAGAGCGCGCUGCUGUCGGCGGCCACCAAGGUCACGGACCUGACGACGCACAUUGGCACCGAGAUUGAGGGCCUGCAGCUGAAGGACCUGACGGACCAGCAGCGCGACGAGCUGGCGCUGCUCAUCGCCGAGCGCAGCGUCGUCUUCUUCCGCAACCAGGACCUGACGCCGCAGCAGCAGCGCAGCCUCGGCGAGCACUACGGCCUGGUCGAGGUGCACCCGCAGGUGCCGCAGGUGCCCGGCGUCGAGGGCGUCACCGUCAUCUGGCCCGACCUGCAGGCGACGGAGCGCUCGGCCGACUUCCGCCACCCGGGCGGCGCGUCGCGCUGGCACACGGACCUGGUGCACGAGCACCAGCCCGCGGGCAUCACGCACCUGCACAACGACACGGUGCCGCCGAUUGGCGGCGACACGCUGUGGGCCAGCGGCUACGCCGCGUACGAGAAGCUGAGCCCCGAGUUCCGCAAGAUCAUCGACGGGCGCCUCGCCGUCUACCGCUCGGCGCACCAGUACCUCGACCGCAACAAGCCCGAGGCCGGCCCGCAGUACAUUGAGCGCACGCACCCGCUCGUGCGCGUGCACCCGGCGACGGGCUGGAAGGCGCUGUGGGUCAACCGCGUCAUGACGGAGCGCAUUGUCGGGCUCGACAAGGCCGAGAGCGACGUCAUCCUCAACUACCUGUACGACGUCUACGAGCAGAACGUUGACAUCCAGGUGCGCUUCAAGUGGACGCCCAACACGAGCGCGCUCUGGGACAACCGCAUCACGAUCCACAACGCGAGCUGGGACUACGGCGGCCGCCACCCGCGCCACGGCACGCGCGUGACCUCGCUGGCCGAGAAGCCCUUUUUCAAGGCCGACGCGCCGACGCGUCGCGAGGCGCUGGGCCUGCUCGACGCGUCCGAGAAGAAGGAGCUCGGCCUGACCAAGGCCAUCAAGGACUUUUCCAUCUAA